CCAGAGUAGAGGCAAAAGCAAUCCCCCACCCCCAGCCUCCUUUCCCCGCAUACACACAUCCACACACUCACACCCCACCCCCUAGUCUGGCUGGGAAUUUGAACCGAUCCAGCCUGUUUAAACGGAAAGGACACAGAUCUUCAAUGUAAAAAAAAAAUCAGAUCAGACCCAGAGAGAGAGACGGAGAGGGAGGAGUGUGUGUGUGUGAGUGUGUGUGUGUGUGAAAGAGGGAGAGGGAGCGAGAGAGCAAGAGAGAGGGAGAGAGAGAGAGAGGGAGAGAGGGAGGGAGAGAGAAAAGAAGAGGGGGAAAAAAAGGAAAGAAGAUUUUCUCUAUGUAUAUAAAGAUGGCCACGUUAGCAAACGGACAACCAGACAAUACCAGCCUGAGUAGCAAUCACAGCAACCCCAGCACCAACGGGCAUAUGAACGGAUUAAACCAUAGUCCCGGAAACCCAUCCACCAUCCCAAUGAAGGACCACGAUGCCAUUAAGCUCUUUAUUGGGCAGAUCCCCCGUAACCUGGACGAGAAAGACCUCAAACCGCUCUUCGAGGAGUUCGGGAAGAUCUAUGAACUGACGGUGCUGAAGGACAGGUUCACUGGCAUGCACAAAGGCUGUGCCUUCCUAACAUACUGCGAAAGGGAGUCUGCUCUAAAGGCCCAGAGCGCACUGCAUGAACAGAAGACGCUGCCAGGGAUGAACAGACCGAUCCAGGUGAAACCAGCGGACAGCGAAAGCCGAGGAGAAGAUAGAAAACUCUUUGUGGGCAUGCUCAAUAAGCAGCAGUCAGAAGAUGACGUGCGCAGGCUGUUUGAGGCAUUUGGCAACAUCGAGGAGUGCACAAUCCUUCGGGGACCCGAUGGCAAUAGCAAAGGAUGUGCUUUUGUGAAAUACUCUUCACAUGCGGAGGCCCAAGCAGCCAUCAAUGCCUUGCAUGGUAGCCAGACAAUGCCGGGAGCCUCUUCAAGCUUGGUGGUGAAGUUUGCAGACACAGACAAGGAGCGUACAAUGAGACGCAUGCAGCAAAUGGCAGGACAAAUGGGCAUGUUCAACCCCAUGGCCAUCCAGUUUGGAGCAUAUGGUGCUUAUGCACAGGCACUGAUGCAGCAGCAAGCCGCGAUCAUGGCAUCCGUGGCACAGGGUGGCUACCUGAACCCCAUGGCAGCCUUUGCCGCAGCCCAAAUGCAGCAGAUGGCAGCUCUGAACAUGAACGGCCUGGCGGCUGCCCCCAUGACACCAACCUCAGGUGGAAGCACACCUCCUGGCAUAACUGCACCAGCUGUGCCUAGCAUCCCAUCUCCAAUUGGGGUGAAUGGUUUCACUGGCCUCCCACCACAGGCUAACGGGCAGCCUGCUGCAGAAGCCGUGUUUGCUAAUGGCAUCCACCCUUACCCAGCACAGAGCCCCACUGCAGCAGAUCCCUUGCAGCAAGCCUAUGCUGGAGUGCAGCAGUACGCAGGUCCUGCAUAUCCUGCUGCUUAUGGCCAGAUUAGUCAAGCGUUCCCACAGCCACCUCCCAUGAUCCCACAGCAACAGAGAGAAGGACCAGAGGGCUGUAACCUGUUUAUCUACCAUCUGCCCCAGGAGUUUGGGGAUGCUGAGCUGAUGCAGAUGUUCCUGCCUUUCGGUAAUGUCAUCUCCUCGAAAGUGUUUGUGGAUCGGGCGACAAACCAAAGUAAAUGCUUUGGUUUUGUGAGUUUUGACAAUCCUGCCAGUGCUCAAGCUGCUAUCCAGGCUAUGAAUGGCUUUCAGAUUGGCAUGAAGAGGCUGAAGGUGCAGCUGAAGAGGCCAAAGGAUGCCAAUCGUCCCUACUGAAGAGUUGUAGGAACCACUGGAUACAAAGCACUAGCACAGAGCCAGUCAAAUCCACCACAGUCUCGCGCUGAGCUAGGAAAAAAGUUCACGUAAUGACAUGAAAGUGGAGAAUACAGUCCCCCAGGCCGGCAGCAGCUGAAUGGGCUACAUUUAGAAAAAAAAAAAAAAAAGAGUAUAUACAUAUUAAAAAAAAACAGGAACUGUUGGAUUACACCUUUGACAUAUCAGCAAAUAUCAAUCAAGCUGAAGACUUCAGACUUAUUCUCUCUUUGAUUGUUUAGACUGUAACAUUUCUUCAAGAAAAGUAUCACAUCUGCUGACUUCGAAGGACAUGCGCUUGAAAACAAACAAACAAACACAUAAGUAAAAUCAGAACAGGAACAAGAUCAACUAGGAUUUCUGAAGAGACACUGAUAUCACCACAGCGGCUUUUCUUCAAACAGGAGAUGCAAACUUGGAUACUGACAAAGGAGUGCCUGUUUGCCACCAAGGAUGCGGUUACCAUGCGUGACCCAUGGUAACAGUCACUGAGCAUCUUUAUUUGUCAUUCCUUAGCUAUAUAGGGACCAAAGGACAAAACUUUUUACCGCAGACUUGUAGCUGUAUGUAAAAUAUGGAAGUUCUUUCCUUUUCUCUGAGCUGUUCCUAAAACAGUUUUUGAGAGGAAUUAUAUGAAAUAUGUAAAAACUUAAAAA